GAAAUUCCUGCCACUGGACAUUUCAAAGAGCGUGAGAUCUAGCUUGGCAUCACUACAGAAGACCUUCCCAGCUUGUGCAGAAUUUGAUUCUUUCAAGUGCAAAGAGACACAUGCUGAUGAAAUGCUCAUCUGCUCUGGGGUAGACAGCUCCAAACUCCAGACAACACUGGAAGAUGACAAUUCCACUUCAGCCGUGUGCAAUUUUACCGUCAUUGAACAUGCCUGUGCCACGCCAACAAACCUCACAGCAGCCAACCUGGCCACACUCUUGAAAUGCUCUGUGGAAAGCAACGCACCAUAUGUGGUGGAAGUUUGGCAGCUUCUUUUCCAAAAAGCAUCUUCCGUGCUCCAACAGGCUCUCCCACUGUUCGCCACCAUGGCCCCCACCACCAUGAACUCUGCCUAUUCAAAUUCUCUUGAUGCUCUGGGAGAAGUGGUAGUUAAAACCCUCACUCAGGAUCAACUGAAGAGUGAGGAUGCCAUUAGAAGUCGGUUCCAGACAGAGCUGCGUCCGUUCCUGGCCUCUCCGUCAACAAAUUUCCUCUCCUGCCUUGGCUCAUACAACUUCAGCUGCCAGACAUACCAGAUUGUCAUCGAAGCAUUCAGCAACCAAAGCUCACUGAUGGACAACAAGAGAAAGCAAACAGUCUUCACUCAUCUCAUCCAACCGUUCCUUUCCAGAAAAGAUUUGCCAGACCCUGGCUGUGUGUCAUCUGCCAAUGGUAGUCAGCUCUGGCUACAAGCCAACCUUGGAAAUUUCUCAGAAUUUGCAAGCAUAGAGGAUUUGCAAGCCCUCAAUCCAAACUUCUCCAGUGCCCAAGCCUUGUCAGAACUGUCUCCCUCUCAGGUAGCACAGUUACUGCUGAGCUCAGACAUCUCAAAUGACACCAAAUUGAUUGAUCGAGUCUUUGACCGACUGGAGGAUGGAAACGCCGUUGACAACGUGGAUCAAUUCUUUACAAAGCUCACAGAGCAGGAGAAGGUCCCCGAGUUCCAAGUUGACGUGAGGGAUCGCAUUAUGAACAGGACCUACAUCAUCGUCAGUCCAUCUUUCCCAAAGUUCACUGAAAAUGACUUUUUUGCUUGGUUUCACAUCAAACUGGUCCCUGUCCUUCCAAGUUUCACUCCACAAAUGCUCCAAGGUGUAACUACCAGCGUGAACUGCACAAACUAUCAUGUCAUUGUGAGUGGGGUGGGCAAGGUUGUCUCUGCAAUACCUCAGCAAAGACUACAAGCCAUUGCAGAUGUUUUACUCAAAUACCUGAAAAAAUCUGCUGCUGUCAUCAACCUACCAGUUUGCAGGCAAGGAAUCGACAAUGAUGCCCAAUGGGUUGAAACAAACCUGGGUCCAUUUUCUCAAUACACAACGUAUUCUGAGCUCAAAUUCUUCAACCUCUCUCAGGGAGCACUUUUGACCGUUCUAUCACCAACACAAAAAGCUGAGCUGCUAACGGAUCCAGACAGCGGUGCCUUGGAGGACGCCACCCUUGUGAAGGAGGUGCUCACAAACUUGACAGAGUCCGGGGAUACAGAGCAGCUCGCUCAGUUUUUACAAGAGUUCACAACAACCCUCCAGCAGACAAACACAACCUUCAUCCAAAAUGUGGCUGUACGAGAGACCAUCUUAAACCUGACUUUGAACAGCCUUGCUCCUAAACUUGCCUCCUUUGAAGCAGAAGACUACGAGCUCUGGUUCCAAGUCUAUCUGUCUCCUGUGAUAGCAAGCAUCCAUCCUGACAGCCUGCGGGUGAUACCCAGUAACAUCAGCUGUGAAUCCUACAAGGCUAUAGUCACUGGUCUAAUGCAAAGCCUGAAAUUCCUGCCACUGGACAUUUCAAAGAGUGUGAGAUCUAGCUUGGCAUCACUACAGAAGACCUUCCCAGCUUGUGCAGAAUUUGAUUCUUUCAAGUGCAAAGAGACACAUGCUGAUGAAAUGCUCAUCUGCUCUGGGGUAGACAGCUCCAAACUCCAGACAACACUGGAAGAUGACAAUUCCACUUCAGCCGUGUGCAAUUUUACCGUCAUUGAACAUGCCUGUGCCACGCCAACAAACCUCACAGCAGCCAACCUGGCCACACUCUUGAAAUGCUCUGUGGAAAGCAACGCACCAUAUGUGGUGGAAGUUUGGCAGCUUCUUUUCCAAAAAGCAUCUUCCGUGCUCCAACAGGCUCUCCCACUGUUCGCCACCAUGGCCCCCACCACCAUGAACUCUGCCUAUUCAAAUUCUCUUGAUGCUCUGGGAGAAGUGGUAGUUAAAACCCUCACUCAGGAUCAACUGAAGAGUGAGGAUGCCAUUAGAAGUCGGUUCCAGACAGAGCUGCGUCCGUUCCUGGCCUCUCCGUCAACAAAUUUCCUCUCCUGCCUUGGCUCAUACAACUUCAGCUGCCAGACAUACCAGAUUGUCAUCGAAGCAUUCAGCAACCAAAGCUCACUGAUGGACAACAAGAGAAAGCAAACAGUCUUCACUCAUCUCAUCCAACCGUUCCUUUCCAGAAAAGAUUUGCCAGACCCUGGCUGUGUGUCAUCUGCCAAUGGUAGUCAGCUCUGGCUACAAGCCAACCUUGGAAAUUUCUCAGAAUUUGCAAGCAUAGAGGAUUUGCAAGCCCUCAAUCCAAACUUCUCCAGUGCCCAAGCCUUGUCAGAACUGUCUCCCUCUCAGGUAGCACAGUUACUGCUGAGCUCAGACAUCUCAAAUGACACCAAAUUGAUUGAUCGAGUCUUUGACCGACUGGAGGAUGGAAACGCCGUUGACAACGUGGAUCAAUUCUUUACAAAGCUCACAGAGCAGGAGAAGGUCCCCGAGUUCCAAGUUGACGUGAGGGAUCGCAUUAUGAACAGGACCUACAUCAUCGUCAGUCCAUCUUUCCCAAAGUUCACUGAAAAUGACUUUUUUGCUUGGUUUCACAUCAAACUGGUCCCUGUCCUUCCAAGUUUCACUCCACAAAUGCUCCAAGGUGUAACUACCAGCGUGAACUGCACAAACUAUCAUGUCAUUGUGAGUGGGGUGGGCAAGGUUGUCUCUGCAAUACCUCAGCAAAGACUACAAGCCAUUGCAGAUGUUUUACUCAAAUACCUGAAAAAAUCUGCUGCUGUCAUCAACCUACCAGUUUGCAGGCAAGGAAUCGACAAUGAUGCCCAAUGGGUUGAAACAAACCUGGGUCCAUUUUCUCAAUACACAACGUAUUCUGAGCUCAAAUUCUUCAACCUCUCUCAGGGAGCACUUUUGACCGUUCUAUCACCAACACAAAAAGCUGAGCUGCUAACGGAUCCAGACAGCGGUGCCUUGGAGGACGCCACCCUUGUGAAGGAGGUGCUCACAAACUUGACAGAGUCCGGGGAUACAGAGCAGCUCGCUCAGUUUUUACAAGAGUUCACAACAACCCUCCAGCAGACAAACACAACCUUCAUCCAAAAUGUGGCUGUACGAGAGACCAUCUUAAACCUGACUUUGAACAGCCUUGCUCCUAAACUUGCCUCCUUUGAAGCAGAAGACUACGAGCUCUGGUUCCAAGUCUAUCUGUCUCCUGUGAUAGCAAGCAUCCAUCCUGACAGCCUGCGGGUGAUACCCAGUAACAUCAGCUGUGAAUCCUACAAAGCUAUAGUCACUGGUCUAAUGCAAAGCCUGAAAUUCCUGCCACUGGACAUUUCAAAGAGCGUGAGAUCUAGCUUGGCAUCACUACAGAAGACCUUCCCAGCUUGUGCAGAAUUUGAUUCUUUCAAGUGCAAAGAGACACAUGCUGAUGAAAUGCUCAUCUGCUCUGGGGUAGACAGCUCCAAACUCCAGACAACACUGGAAGAUGACAAUUCCACUUCAGCCGUGUGCAAUUUUACCGUCAUUGAACAUGCCUGUGCCACGCCAACAAACCUCACAGCAGCCAACCUGGCCACACUCUUGAAAUGCUCUGUGGAAAGCAACGCACCAUAUGUGGUGGAAGUUUGGCAGCUUCUUUUCCAAAAAGCAUCUUCCGUGCUCCAACAGGCUCUCCCACUGUUCGCCACCAUGGCCCCCACCACCAUGAACUCUGCCUAUUCAAAUUCUCUUGAUGCUCUGGGAGAAGUGGUAGUUAAAACCCUCACUCAGGAUCAACUGAAGAGUGAGGAUGCCAUUAGAAGUCGGUUCCAGACAGAGCUGCGUCCGUUCCUGGCCUCUCCGUCAACAAAUUUCCUCUCCUGCCUUGGCUCAUACAACUUCAGCUGCCAGACAUACCAGAUUGUCAUCGAAGCAUUCAGCAACCAAAGCUCACUGAUGGACAACAAGAGAAAGCAAACAGUCUUCACUCAUCUCAUCCAACCGUUCCUUUCCAGAAAAGAUUUGCCAGACCCUGGCUGUGUGUCAUCUGCCAAUGGUAGUCAGCUCUGGCUACAAGCCAACCUUGGAAAUUUCUCAGAAUUUGCAAGCAUAGAGGAUUUGCAAGCCCUCAAUCCAAACUUCUCCAGUGCCCAAGCCUUGUCAGAACUGUCUCCCUCUCAGGUAGCACAGUUACUGCUGAGCUCAGACAUCUCAAAUGACACCAAAUUGAUUGAUCGAGUCUUUGACCGACUGGAGGAUGGAAACGCCGUUGACAACGUGGAUCAAUUCUUUACAAAGCUCACAGAGCAGGAGAAGGUCCCCGAGUUCCAAGUUGACGUGAGGGAUCGCAUUAUGAACAGGACCUACAUCAUCGUCAGUCCAUCUUUCCCAAAGUUCACUGAAAAUGACUUUUUUGCUUGGUUUCACAUCAAACUGGUCCCUGUCCUUCCAAGUUUCACUCCACAAAUGCUCCAAGGUGUAACUACCAGCGUGAACUGCACAAACUAUCAUGUCAUUGUGAGUGGGGUGGGCAAGGUUGUCUCUGCAAUACCUCAGCAAAGACUACAAGCCAUUGCAGAUGUUUUACUCAAAUACCUGAAAAAAUCUGCUGCUGUCAUCAACCUACCAGUUUGCAGGCAAGGAAUCGACAAUGAUGCCCAAUGGGUUGAAACAAACCUGGGUCCAUUUUCUCAAUACACAACGUAUUCUGAGCUCAAAUUCUUCAACCUCUCUCAGGGAGCACUUUUGACCUGUUCUAUCACCAACACAAAAAGCUGA